GACACUGGGAUCCAGUUUUUCAUAUAACCUCAUUACAAAUGUUUAUUUUAACUUAAAACCAAUACCUAAUUUACAAUCAAAAUUCCUGGAUUCCAGUGUCAAGCACUGGAAUGACACCUUUAUACUCAAGGCAAAACCCACUGUAACAUUUAGCAUACCGUCUUUGCCACGUACUAGUAUGACACCAGAAUAUGUUGAAAUGACAUCAGGAGAAGGUAAUACACAAAUUUUAAUCCUCCUACCUGAAAUUGUUUUAACUUCACAAUUGGUAAAUCGUGUUCGCGGUCAGAUAUCAAAAAACUUAGUUGAAUGGCACUCAGGGCUCACUCCAAAAACUCGCCGGAAUAAUUGGCUCAAUAUAGCAAAUGGAAAUGCGCAGAUAAUUAUUGGUGCACGGUCAGCGCUUUUUUUGCCUUAUAAAAACCUAAAAUUGAUUAUCGUUGAUGAAGAGCACGACUCAUCUUUUAAACAAGAACAGGGAAUUAUAUAUAAUGCUCGAGAUAUGGCGAUAAUCUUAGCCAAAUUUGAAAAUAUUCCGAUUAUUUUAUCAUCAGCUACUCCACUGCUUGAAACGAUUCAUCAUGUUAAAAACGGGAAUUACAAUCAUGUAAAGCUAACUAAGCGAUUUGGUGGUGCAGAAUUGCCACUCAUUAAAGUAGUAGAUAUGAGGAACAACAAGCAAUGGAUCUCCUCUGAGCUUUUUGAAAGCAUCAAACAAACCAUAGAGAAAAAACAGCAGGUUAUGCUUUUUCUAAACCGCAGAGGGUAUGCACAACUGGCAAUUUGUAAAAAGUGUGGAUAUAAAAUUUCCUGCUUAAAUUGUGCUGUUUGGCUUACAUAUCACAAGAAAAAAAAUGCUCUUUUGUGCCACCACUGCUCUUAUCAAUUGAAACUUCCAGAAAAAUGCUCUAAUUGCCAAAGUGAACAGCCAUUGUCCCUCUACGGCAUAGGAAUUGAAAGGUUACUUGAAGAAAUGGUGAAAUUAAUACCAAACGCAAAAACUGCGAUGAUAAGCAGCGAUCAGAAGUCGGUUAGUAACAUCAUUGAUUUAGUGUUAAAGGAAGAGGUGAACAUUAUAAUCGGCACACAGAUAAUUGCUAAGGGGCACAAUUUUCCCAAAUUAACUUUGGUUGGAGUAAUAAAUGCAGAUUUGAGCCUCGAAAAUUCUGAUUUAAGAGCAGCGGAAAAGACGUAUCAAUUAUUGCACCAAGUUGCAGGCAGAUCAGGAAGGUUUAAUGAAAAAGGAAUGGUAAUAGUGCAAACUAAUAAUCCUGAAAGUUCAAUAAUAAAAGCAUUGCUGCAUCAAAAAAGAGACUCAUUUUAUGAAAUCGAACUUAAGUCAAGACGUGAAGCCAAAAUGCCACCAUUUAGCAGAUUAAUAGCGCUUAUCAUUUGUGCUCAACUACUUGUAUCCAGGAAAAAAAUGUCAGUGCAGACAAAAAGGAAUUUGAAAUUCUUGGCCCAUCACCAGCAGCAAUAAAUUUUUUAAAUAAUAAGUAUCGGUAUAGGGUAUUAUUAAAAAUACACAAUAAACACAGUUUAUCUAUACAAAAAAAGCUGAAAUAUUGGAUUAAAAAUUGUAACUUGAAUUCGAGUAUUGCAGUGAUAAUAGAUGUUGAUCCUGUGAGUUUUUUUUAACGAGU